UCGCGUGUGACAGGUCCAGAACUAAGUGCGAGGCAGCGGCUCGUGGAGAUCCCAUUUGAUGAAUGAGAAGAUGGACAACGAAAACCCAGAGCCCAUGGAGGACUGCAGCCAGGAAAGCUGCAGUGCCCCGGGGAACCCUACAGCCCCAGCAGCCCGGGAAGAGCAGGAGAAAGAAGGGCCUGGGGCAUCUGUAGAACCAGGGCCUCAACCAGGUCUCUACAGCUACAUCAGGGACGACCAGUUCACCUCAGAGAUCUUCAAGCUGGAACUGCAGCACCUACCUCGCCAUGCCAGCUUCAGCGAUGUCCGACGCUUCUUGGGCCGCUUUGGCUUGCAGCCCCACAAAACCAAACUCUUUGGGCAGCCGCCCUGUGCCUUUGUCACAUUCCGAAGCGCUGCUGAGCGGGACAGGGCCCUGCGAGUGUUGCAUGGUGCUCUCUGGAAAGGCCGCCCACUCAGUGUGCGCCUGGCCCGGCCCAAAGCUGAUCCCAUGGCCAGGAGGAGGCAGCAGGAGGGCGAGAGUGAGCCACUUGCAACACAAGUUGCCGACGUGGUGACCCCGCUUUGGACAGUCCCCUAUGCCGAGCAGCUGGUGAGAAAGCGCCUGGAGUGUGAGCAGGUGCUGCAAAGGCUUGCCAAAGAAAUUGGGAGCACCAACCAUGCCCUGCUACCCUGGCUGCUCACACAGAGGAACAAGCACAACAAAGCCUGCUGUCCACUGGAGGGGGUUAGACCAUCACCCCAGCAGACUGAGUAUCGAAAUAAGUGUGAGUUUCUGGUCGGCGUCGGGGUGGAUGGGAAGGACAAUACUGUUGGCUGCCGGCUUGGCAAGUACAAGGGUGGAACAUGUGCUGUGGCGGCCCCCUUUGAUACAGUGCACAUCCCCAAGGCCACCAAGCAGGUGGUGAAAGCCUUCCAGGAGUUUAUCCGGUCUACCCCAUACUCAGCAUAUGAUCCUGAGACCUAUGCAGGUCACUGGAAGCAGCUGACUGUGCGCACCAGCAGCCGAGGCCAGGCCAUGGCCAUUGCCUACUUUCACCCCCAGAAACUGAGCCGUGAGGAGCUGGCAGGGCUGAAGACCUCCCUGGCGCAACACUUUAUGGAGGGACCAGGCAGGGCCAGUGGGGUGACCUGCCUCUACUUUGUGGAGGAGGGACAGCGAAAGACCCCUAGCCAAGAGGGCCUGCCCCUGGAGCAUGUGGCUGGGGACCGGUGCAUCCAAGAAGAUCUGCUUGGGCUGACCUUCCAGAUCUCCCCUCAUGCCUUCUUUCAGGUGAACACACCCGCAGCUGAGGUACUCUACACAGUCAUCCAAGACUGGGCCCGGCUGGACAAGGGAAGUACAGUGUUGGAUGUGUGCUGUGGCACUGGCACCAUUGGCCUGGCCCUGGCCCAGAAGGUGAAGAAAGUCAUUGGGAUUGAACUAAGCCAGGAGGCUGUGGAGGAUGCACGCGUGAAUGCCCAUGCCAAUGAAUUGAACAAUGUUGAAUUCCACUGUGGGAGGGCUGAGGACCUGGUGCCUGCCCUGGUUAGCAGACUGGUUUCUCAACAACUUGUGGCUGUCCUGGACCCACCCCGAGCUGGCCUGCAUUCCAAGGUGAUCUUGGCUGUCCGUAGAGCUGAGAACCUCAAGAGGCUCUUGUAUGUCUCGUGCAACCCCCGGGCAGCCAUGGGCAACUUUGUGGACCUCUGCAGGGCCCCAUCCAACCGGGUGAAGGGCACUCCCUUCCGACCAGUCAAGGCUAUGGCAGUGGACCUGUUCCCACAGACCCCACACUGUGAGAUGCUCAUCCUGUUUGAGAGGGUGGAGUACCCUCCCAAUGGCAUAAGGACCCUGGAACACCAAGACCCUCCAGCCCAGCCUCCACCAGGGCUCCCUAAUGAUACUCCACAGGAAACUAGGGCCUCCCUCUCAUCCUAGACCCUGGGAGAGGCAAAAGCCAGCUCUCCAGACCAGGGCCCAUCAUGGGGCAGAAGUUGGUGGGGUUCCCCACAGCCUCCCUCGUUCCAGGAUGGUUCGGGUAAACAGUCAUAGGAUGUGAGGCCCAGCUGCCCCACUAGGAUCAGACAGUCUGUUGCCAUAGGCUGUGGUUUCUGAAAAUGGGUAGACUCCUGCAGCCUGCCUGACUCCUACCCCAAAUUCUUUCUGGAAUAGCCAGGUUUCGGGAGCCCAAAUAAACAACUGUUGAGCUAAGGGUGUGUCUGUGUUAAAAGUCAGAAUUUAGGCAUUCAGAGGUUCCUCUCUUUCUGCCCUCUGCUGUGGAUGCAAAGGGACAGGGUGAGCAGGACACCUCAACCCUACCUUUGUCGCCUGGAAACCUCUGCCCUUCAUGUAGUCUGGUCCUCAAGCCCCAGCCAACAUCCUUCUGGCCAGGUCUGGGCACAACC